AUGCGUUUCACUCAGCUCAUCCUCUCCAUCUUCCUCUUCUUCUCCUUCGUUGCUGCCCUGCCAGUACCGGCACAGGCAGACGGAGAAGCUCUCGAGGCACUUGAGGCGCGGGCCAAUAACGGUGGCAAGAAGGGUGGCGGCAACAAGGGUAGCUCCAAGUCAACCUCGAAGGAGGUCAAGGGCAUCGACAAGAACAUCAACAUCCAGAAGAACGAGUCCAAGGACGUCAAGAAGGUGCAGAAGGCCGAGGGAACCAAGAACUUCCCCAAGGAGAAGGCCAAUCUUCAAAAGGACAUUAAGGCUGGACAGAAUCAACGCGCAAAGAACCAGAAGAACGCCGACCCUAAGAACAAGCAACUGAACGAUGGCCUGAAGAAGGUUCAAGGUGCCCAAGCCAAGGAGUCCAAGCAAGCCAAGGGCCUUACGGGCAACCCUAAGAAGGAUAACGCCACCCUCAACAAGCUUGGUGGCGAGUUCAAGGACGGCCGCAAGCAGAAUGAGAAGAACAAGCAAGCCGCCAAGAAGGGCGGCAAAUAG